AUGUUCUACCAAUGGGCAUCUGCUGGGGUCUCCCUUCACAUCCCACCAUCCUACCGACAGGCAUCUGCUGGGGUCUCCCUUCACAUCCCACCAUCCUACCGACAGGCAUCUGCUGGGGUCUCCCUUCACAUCCCACCAUCCUACCGACAGGCAUCUGCUGGGGUCUCCCUUCACAUCCCACCAUCCUACCGACAGGCAUCUGCUGGGGUCUCCCUUCACAUCCCACCAUCCUACCGACAGGCAUCUGCUGGGGUCUCCCUUCACAUCCCACCAUCCUACCGACAGGCAUCUGCUGGGGUCUCCCUUCACAUCCCACCAUCCUACCGACAGGCAUCUGCUGGGGUCUCCCUUCACAUCCCACCAUCCUACCGACAGGCAUCUGCUGGGGUCUCCCUUCACAUCCCACCAUCCUACCGACAGGCAUCUGCUGGGGUCUCCCUUCACAUCCCACCAUCCUACCGACAGGCAUCUGCUGGGGUCUCCCUUCACAUCCCACCAUCCUACCGACAGGCAUCUGCUGGGGUCUCCCUUCACAUCCCACCAUCCUACCGACAGGCAUCUGCUGGGGUCUCCCUUCACAUCCCACCAUCCUACCGACAGGCAUCUGCUGGGGUCUCCCUUCACAUCCCACCAUCCUACCGACAGGCAUCUGCUGGGGUCUCCCUUCACAUCCCACCAUCCUACCGACAGGCAUCUGCUGGGGUCUCCCUUCACAUCCCACCAUCCUACCGACAGGCAUCUGCUGGGGUCUCCCUUCACAUCCCACCAUCCUACCGACAGGCAUCUGCUGGGGUCUCCCUUCACAUCCCACCAUCCUACCGACAGGCAUCUGCUGGGGUCUCCCUUCACAUCCCACCAUCCUACCGACAGGCAUCUGCUGGGGUCUCCCUUCACAUCCCACCAUCCUACCGACAGGCAUCUGCUGGGGUCUCCCUUCACAUCCCACCAUCCUACCGACAGGCAUCUGCUGGGGUCUCCCUUCACAUCCCACCAUCCUACCCACAGGCAUCUGCUGGGGUCUCCCUUCACAUCCCACCAUCCUACCGACGGGCAUCUGCUGGGGUCUCCCUUCACAUCCCACCAUCCUACCGACAGGCAUCUGCUGGGGUCUCCCUUCACAUCCCACCAUCCUAUCCCUGGAUGGAUGUUGAUGUUGACACUCAUAGACAGAUACAGCUUCUCGUGACCUGCAGCAAAAACACUAGCUUUCUCCUUUCUUGACUCUUCAUUCUAAACAGAUUCAUAAAGCUGCUAGUUAUUCUGGAAGGAAUAAAAGUGAUGGUUCCACCUGCUGUUUUUCUAGUUUAUCGUUUUCAUUUAAUAUAGUACACUGAGGAUUGGCUGUAAGCUACGAUUCACUAGAUGUUGGUUGAAUGGAUCAUUUGUUAUUUGUGGUUUUACAUCUGUAUGUAUGAUGAAAAGCAGAUGAACAAACAGGUCAUUGGAGAGUCUUGGACCUGAGUAGGAGAGGAGAUGUAUGUCAUUUCACCCAGCAUAUCCUUCCUUUGUGCUAUCAACAGAAUGCAGAUCAGGCCUUGAACUCUUCACCACCCUGUUUAUGUGCCUCUACUGUAUAUGGCCCUGGAACCAUCCCAAAUUUCACCCUAUUCCCUAUAUAGUGCAGUACACCCUGGUCAAAAGUAGUGCACUAUAUAGGGAAUAGGGAAUUAUUUGGUACACCUGCCUCCCUCUGUAACGACACCGUAGCUCUCGUUAUUACACCUGCAUCUCCUACUGAUCUGUUAUGGGCAUGGUGCGUCAUCACAUCCUGGAUUAGACCCACUCCAUCUCCUACUGAUCUGUUAUGGGCAUGGUGCGUCAUCACAUCCUGGGUUAGACCGUCACUACAUCACACCACUCCAUCCUGGGUCAGUCACCUCACUACAUCACCCUCCAUCCUGGGUUAGGUAAGACCCUCACUACAUCACACCACUCCAUCCUGGGUAGGAAGACCCUCACUACAUCACACCACUCCAUCCUGGGUUGUAAGACCCUCACUAUAUCACACCACCCAUCCUGGGUUAGGUAAGACCCUCAUACAUCACACCACUCCAUCCUGGGGUAAGACCCUCACUACAUCAACCACUCCAUCCUGGGUUAGGUAAGACCCUCAAUACAUCACACCACUCCAUCCUGGGUAAGACCCUCACUACAUCACACCACUCCAUCCUGGGUUAGGUAAGACCCUCAAUACAUCACACCACUCCAUCCUGGGUAGGUAAGACCCUCACUACAUCACACCACUCCAUCCUGGGUUAGGUAAGACCCUCACUACAUCACACCACUCCAUCCUGGUAGGUAAGACCCUCAUACAUCACACCACUCCAUCCUGGGUAUAGACCCUCACUACAUCACACCACUCCAUCCUGGGUAGGUAAGACCCUCACUACAUCACACCACUCCAUCCUGGGUUUAAAGACCCUCACUACAUCACACCACUCCAUCCUGGGUUAGGUAAGACCCUCACUACAUCACACCACUCCAUCCUGGGUAUAAGACCCUCACUACAUCACACCACUCCAUCCUGGGUUGGUAAGACCCAUCACUACAUCACACCACUCCAUCCUGGGUUAGGUAAGACCCUCACUACAUCACACCACUCCAUCCUGGGUUUGGUAAGACCCUCACUACAUCACACCACUCCAUCCUGGGUUAGGUAAGACCCUCACUACAUCACACCACUCCAUCCUGGGUAAGACCCUCACUACAUCACACCACUCCAUCCUGGGUUAGGUAAGACCCUCAAUACAUCACACCACUCCAUCCUGGGGUAAGACCCUCACUACAUCACACCACUCCAUCCUGGGUUAGGUAAGACCAUCACUACAUCACACCACUCCAUCCUGGGUUAGGUAAGACCCUCACUACAUCACACCACUCCAUCCUGGGUUUGGUAAGACCCUCACUACAUCACACCACUCCAUCCUGGGUUAGGUAAGACCCUCACUACAUCACACCACUCCAUCCUGGGUUAGGUAAGACCCUCACUACAUCACACCACUCCAUCCUGGGUUAGGUAAGACCCUCACUACAUCACACCACUCCAUCCUGGGUUAGACCCUCACUACAUCUAACCACUCCAUCCUGGGUUAGGUAAGACCCUCACUAAUCACACCACUCCAUCCUGGGUUAGACCCUCACUACAUCACACCACUCCAUCCUGGGUUAGGUAAGACCCUCACUACAUCACACCCACUCCAUCCUGGGUAAGACCCCUCACCACAUCACACCACUCCAUCCUGGGUUAGGUAAGACCUCACUACAUCACACCACUCCAUCCUGGGUUAGGUAAGACCCUCACUACAUCACACCACUCCAUCCUGGGUUAGGUAAGACCUCACUACAUCACACCACUCCAUCCUGGGUAAGACCUCACUACAUCACACACUCCAUCCUGGUUAGGUUAAGGACCCUCAAUACAUCACACCCCCCAACUCCAUCCUGGGUAAAGACCUCACUACAUCACACCACUCCAUCCUGGUUAGGUAAGACCAUCACUACAUCACACCACUCCAUCCUGGGUUAGGUAGGACCCUCACUACAUCCACACCACUCCAUCCUGGGUUUGGUAUAGACCCUCACUACAUCACACCACUCCAUCCUGGGUUAGGUUAAGACCCUCACUACAUCACACCACUCCAUCCUGGGUUAGGUAAGACCCUCACUACAUCACACCACUCCAUCCUGGGUUAGGUAAGGACCCUCAACUACAUUCACACCACUCAAUCCUGGGUUAGGUAAGACCCUCACUACAUCACACCACUUCCAUCCUGGGUUAGUAAGACCCUCACUACAUCACACCACUCAUCCUGGGUUAGGUAAGACCCUCACUACAUCACACCACUCCAUCCUGGGUUAGGUAACCCUCACUACAUCACACCACUCCAUCCUGGGUUAGGUAAGACCCUCACUACAUCACACCACUCCAUCCUGGUUUAGACCUCCACUACAUCACCACCACUCCAUCCUGGUUGGUUAGACCCUCACUACAUCACACCACUCCAUCCUGGGUUAGGUAGACCCUCACUACAUCACACCACUCCAUCCUGGGUUAGUAAGACCCUCACUACAUCACACCCACUCCAUCCUGGGGAUUAGACCCUCACUACAUCAACACCACUCAUCCUGGGUUAGGUAAGACCCUCACUACAUCAACACCACUCCAUCCUGGGUUAGGUAAGACCCUCACUACAUCACACCACUCCAUCCUGGGUUAGGACCCUCACUACAUCACACCACUCCAUCCUGGGUUAGGUAAGACCCUCACUACAUCACACCACUCCAUCCUGGGUAGUAAGACCCUCACUACAUCACACCACCUCCAUCCUGGGUUAGGUAAGACCCUCACAUCACACUACAUCGUAGGUAAACCUCACAUCACCCCACUCAUCUGGGUUAGGUAAGACCCUCAUACAUACACUCCAUCCGGUGACCUCACUCCCCAUCUCUGGGUUAGGUAAGACCCUCACUACAUCACACCACUCCAUCAUGGGUUAGGUAAGACCCUCACUACAUCACACCACUCCAUCCUGGGUUAGGUAAGACCCUCACUACAUCACACCACUCCAUCCUGGAUUAGACCCUCACUACAUCACACCACUCCAUCCUGGGUGAGGUAAGACCCUCACUACAUCACACCACACCACUCCAUCCUGGGUUAGGUUAGACCCUCACUACAUCACACCACUCCAUCCUGGGUUAGGUAAGACCCUCACUACAUCAGACCACUCCAUCCUGGGUUAGGUAAGACCCUCACUACAUCACACCACUCCAUCCUGGGUUAGGUAAGACCCUCACUACAUCACACCACUCCAUCCUGGGUUAGGUAAGACCCUCACUACAUCACACCACUCCAUUCUGGGUUAGACCCUCACUACAUCACACCACUCCAUCCUGGGUUAGGUAAGACCCUCACUACAUCACACCACUCCAUCCUGGGUUAGGUUAGACCCUCACUACAUCACACCACUCCAUCCUGGGUUAGACCCUCACUACAUCACACCACUCCAUCCUGGGUUAGGUAAGACCCUCACUACAUCACACCACUCCAUCCUGGGUUAGGUAAGACCCUCACUACAUCACACCACUCCAUCCUGGGUUAGGUAAGACCCUCACUACAUCACACCACUCCAUCCUGGGUUAGACCCUCACUACAUCACACCACUCCAUCCUGGGUUAGGUAAGACCCUCACUACAUCAGACCACUCCAUCCUGGGUUAGGUAAGACCCUCACUACAUCACACCACUCCAUCCUGGGUUAGACCCUCACUACAUCACACCACUCCAUCCUGGGUUAGGUAAGACCCUCACUACAUCACACCACUCCAUCCUGGGUAAAACCCUCACUACAUCACACCACUCCAUCCUGGGUUAGGUAAGACCCUCACUACAUCACACCACUCCAUCCUGGGUUAGGUAAGACCCUCACUACAUCACACCACUCCAUCCUGGGUUAGGUAAGACCCUCACUACAUCACACCACUCCAUUCUGGGUUAGACCCUCACUACAUCACACCACUCCAUCCUGGGUUAGGUAAGACCCUCACUACAUCACACCACUCCAUCCUGGGUUAGGUUAGACCCUCACUACAUCACACCACUCCAUCCUGGGUUAGACCCUCACUACAUCACACCACUCCAUCCUGGGUUAGGUAAGACCCUCACUACAUCACACCACUCCAUCCUGGGUUAGGUAAGACCCUCACUACAUCACACCACUCCAUCCUGGGUUAGGUAAGACCCUCACUACAUCACACCACUCCAUCCUGGGUUAGACCCUCACUACAUCACACCACUCCAUCCUGGGUUAGGUAAGACCCUCACUACAUCAGACCACUCCAUCCUGGGUUAGGUAAGACCCUCACUACAUCACACCACUCCAUCCUGGGUUAGACCCUCACUACAUCACACCACUCCAUCCUGGGUUAGGUAAGACCCUCACUACAUCACACCACUCCAUCCUGGGUAAAACCCUCACUACAUCACACCACUCCAUCCUGGGUUAGGUAAGACCCUCACUACAUCACACCACUCCAUCCUGGGUUAGGUAAGACCCUCACUACAUCACACCACUCCAUCCUGGGUUAGGUAAGACCCUCACUACAUCACACCACUCCAUCCUGGGUUAGGUAAGACCCUCACUACAUCACACCACUCCAUCCUGGGUUAGGUAAGACCCUCACUAUAUCACACCACUCCAUCCUGGGUAAGACCCUCACUACAUCACACCACUCCAUCCUGGGUUAGGUAAGACCCUCACUACAUCACACCACUCCAUCCUGGGUUAGGUAAGACCCUCACUACAUCACACCACUCCAUCCUGGGUUAGACCCUCACUACAUCACACCACUCCAUCCUGGGUUAGAUAAGACCCUCACUACAUGCUGUCCAAGCAUCGCCUGAGCCUCCCUCUCCUCCAUUCUCUCUUCUUUACACCCCGAAAGCAGACAACGACUCAUUUCUCACCUCUACUUUUUUAACAUGGUGAUAAAUCGCCCAACGAAACUAAUACCAAUAUCAACUUAGUAGAUUUUGAGGAGACUAAUCUCUCACCUCUGCAACAAUACUUUUGUCUAAGUGUUGUAUCAAAAAAACCAACACAAUGAAUCCCUCUGUUGUUGGUUCUGUCUACACAAUCACCCAGAAUAAACCUGAGUAUGUUAAAACUAUAUAGACCAUUGGCCUAAUGAAUGGAUAAAUCACAAAUGAAGUAGAGGGUAGUUUCCGGGGCUAUCCAUAUCACCCUGUCCUUCGUUCUGCUGUAGAGGGAUAUUUAUUCCGGAGCAUCCAAAUCACCCUGUCCUUCGUUCUGCUGUAGAGGGAUAGUUAUUCCGGAGCAUCCAAAUCACCCUGUCCUUCGUUCUGCUGUAGAGGGAUAGUUAUUCCGGAGCAUCCAAAUCACCCUGUCCUUCGUUCUGCUGUAGAGGGAUAGUUAUUCCGGAGCAUCCAAAUCACCCUGUCCUUCGUUCUGCUGUAGAGGGAUAUUUAUUCCGGAGCAUCCAAAUCACCCUGUCCUUCGUUCUGCUGUAGAGGGAUAGUUAUUCCGGAGCAUCCAAAUCACCCUGUCCUUCGUUCUGCUGUAGAGGGAUAGUUAUUCCGGAGCAUCCAAAUCACCCUGUCCUUCGUUCUGCUGUAGAGGGAUAGUUAUUCUGGAACAUCCAUAUCACCCUGUCCUUCGUUCUGCUGUAGAGGGAUAUUUAUUCCGGAGCAUCCAAAUCACCCUGUCCUUCGUUCUGCUGUAGAGGGAUAGUUAUUCCGGAGCAUCCAAAUCACCCUGUCCUUCGUUCUGCUGUAGAGGGAUAGUUAUUCCGGAGCAUCCAAAUCACCCUGUCCUUCGUUCUGCUGUAGAGGGAUAGUUAUUCCGGAGCAUCCAAAUCACCCUGUCCUUCGUUCUGCUGUAGAGGGAUAGUUAUUCUGGAGCAUCCAAAUCACCCUGUCCUUCGUUCUGCUGUAGAGGGAUAGUUAUUCCGGAGCAUCCAAAUCACCCUGUCCUUCGUUCUGCUGUAGAGGGAUAGUUAUUCUGGAACAUCCAAAUCACCCUGUCCUUCGUUCUGCUGUAGAGGGAUAGUUAUUCUGGAACAUCCAAAUCACCCUGUCCUUCGUUCUGCUGUAGAGGGAUAGUUAUUCCGGAGCAUCCAAAUCACCCUGUCCUUCGUUCUGCUGUAGAGGGAUAGUUAUUCCGGAGCAUCCAAAUCACCCUGUCCUUCGUUCUGCUGUAGAGGGAUAGUUAUUCCGGAGCAUCCAACGAAUAUCUUCUUUACAUUUUAGGCAGCAGCCGUGCUGAAGUCAGAUGACUGAAGAGACUGGCUGCGGUUCGCUAGGGAUGAUAUACAGAAGGAAAACAGAGGAGAUGAGGUCAUCAAUCCUAGAGACCUAAUGUAUGGCUCUGUGCACAACACGCUAUCUGCUAUAACCACCCCCUUUGUCAUCACCACCACAGCAAACUACUUCCAAAAUUGCUGAAAAAAAGUUCAAUUGCAAUUUGCCAGAGGCCAAAGACGAACAUGAAUUCAUGCUUUUUGAAACACUGUAGUCAUGAUGAGUGAUGGUUAAUAAAUUGGUACUAGUUUAUCAAUUCAUGGUAGUCGGAUAACUAGCAAAACGCAACUUUUCAUAAUGGCAUAUUUAAUUUUUCAUGUUGCAUUCAGGAACUAUAGCAUUCUACAAUAGAGCAUAAUAAUGAAAUAAUACAAGAAAUGAUUCAUCACACAAGCUGAAAAUAAUGUUGACAUUGUGUUACAACACAGCUACUAACUGUAGCCUACUGUAACAUGACAACAACACAGCUACAUACUGCAGUCUACUAUGAUUUGACAACAACACAGCUACAUACUGCAGUCUACUAUGAUAUGACAACAACACAGCUACAUACUGCAGUCUACUAUGAUUUGACAACAACACAGCUACUAACUGUAGCCUACUGUAACAUGACAACAACACAGCUACAUACUGCAGUCUACUAUGAUAUGACAACAACACAGCUACAUACUGCAGUCUACUAUGAUAUGACAACAACACAGCUACAUACUGCAGUCUACUAUGAUUUGACAACAACACAGCUACAUACUGCAGUCUACUAUGAUAUGACAACAACACAGCUACUAACUGUAGCCUACUGUAACAUGACAACAACACAGCUACAUACUGCAGUCUACUAUGAUUUGACAACAACACAGCUACAUACUGCAGUCUACUAUGAUAUGACAACAACACAGCUACAUACUGCAGUCUACUAUGAUAUGACAACAACACAGCUACUAACUGUAGCCUACUGUAACAUGACAACAACACAGCUACAUACUGCAGUCUACUAUGAUAUGACAACAACACAGCUACAUACUGCAGUCUACUAUGAUUUGACAACAACACAGCUACAUACUGCAGUCUACUAUGAUUUGACAACAACACAGCUACAUACUGCAGUCUACUAUGAUUUGACAACAACACAGCUACAUACUGCAGUCUACUAUGAUUUGACAACAACACAGCUACAUACUGCAGUCUACUAUGAUAUGACAACAACACAGCUACAUACUGCAGUCUACUAUGAUUUGACAACAACACAGCUACAUACUGCAGUCUACUAUGAUAUGACAACAACACAGCUAUUUAGUCAACAGUCAGUGUGUGGUUCGCUGUGCAUCAAAUCCAAGUCAAACACUACGUUGAAAAGGGAGGAAUGGAGGAAAUUACACACUAAAAUUAAAACUAUUAGCAAAACCUUACACUCAAGGAGCAAAACACCGGCCUAGAUUUGCAUAACUGUAAGCACAUUGUCAGCUUCACACUUUUUACAAAACAUUAAACACACUUGUAUGCAUUUGACACAGAAAUGUAUCAUGAUGUCAUUUCCUUGCAAUUUCAAAGCAAAGGCUUUCAAAUGAACACACCCCAUGAACCAAUUGGUUAAACACAGCCACCAGGUGUGCACACACACUGGUGCUUAAUUGUAGACACACCAAUCAGGUUUAAGCACUAUAAAAAGGCAACAGGUAAGUUCACCUGUCUUCAAAAAAAAUGGACAGUGUCAGAGGAAGAGGAAGAGGAAGAGGAAGAGGAAGAGGGAGAGGGAGAGGGAGAGGGAGAGGGAGAGGGAGAGGGAGAGGGAGAGGAAGAGGGAGAGGGAGAGGGAGAGGGAGAGGGAGAGGGAGAGGGAGACCUGGAGGAGGGGUAGGACAUGCACAAAGAAGAAGACAACCAAAUCUGUGUAACGAAAUUCGUGCUACAAUUGUGGACCAUGUAAUAAACCACGGACUAACACUGAGGGAGGCUGGACUGAGAGUACAGCCUAACCUAAGCAGGUACACGGUGGCAUCAAUAGUUCGGACAUUUCGUCAAGAGCACAGGUGAGAAACGUAUCUUCUGUCAACAAAAUCCAUAGCUUACUGCAUGUACUAUAUCAACAGUUUUGGUAUCGAUUCCUGUAUCAUUUUACAGUAAGCUACAUGUAUUUUGUUUGGCCAACACAGGAUUGAACGUCGAGAAAACCAAGGAGGGAGGGGCCCCAUAUUCACACAGGAACAAGAGAGAGAGAUCAUAAACCUAGUUUUGGCCAAUAAUGCAAUCGGACAUAGAGAAAUUCAAGCCCAUAUUGUCAAUGAUCACCGAAUUUUCAAGUGCCAUUUGACAGAAAUUCAGACAGGGUGAAAGUCCUGCGGCGUGAAUAUGUGGUGGUACGUUUUGUUCACUGACUGUAGUAUUGUGUACUGCACACAUAACCUUUUUACUGUACAUGUAAUUUUACUGUAUAGCAGACCUACAGUAACUUGAUCUACACAACGUGCUAUUUUGCUGUAUUUCAGAGAGUUUUGCAAAUGGAUGCGGAGGAAGUCCAGCAUGAGUUUAUAUACAUUGAUGAUGCUGGAUUUAACCUGACAACAGUGAGAAGAAGGGGAAGAAACAAUUUUGGCCACAGGGCUAUUGUCAAUGUAAUGGGCAACGUGGGGGUAACAUUACCCUUUGUGCUGCCAUUACACAGAAUGGGGUCCUCCACCGCCAUGCCAACUUGGGUCCUUACAACACUGACCUCAUUCUUACAUUUUUAGACAGAUUACACAAUAUUAUCACAGCAGCAAACCAAAGGGACCAGAUGCAAUACGUUGUCGUCUGGGACAAUGUAGCUUUCCAACAUUCUGCUCUGGUCCAAAACUGGUUUCAUCAACACCCACAAUUUACAGUUCAAUACCUUCCACCACACUCCCCCCUUCCUAAACCCCAUCGAGGAGUUCUUCUCAGCAUGGCGGUGGAAGGUUUAUGAUCUCCGGCCCUAUGUCCAGAUGGCCCUCAUUCAAGCUAUGGUGGAAGCAUGUGAUCAAAUUGAAGCAGCAUCCACACAAGGGUGGAUUCGUCACUCCAAAAGAUUCUUCCCACGUUGCCUUGCAAAUGAAAAUAUAGCCUGUGAUGUUGACGAGGCCCUGUGGCCAGAUCCAGCUAGGCGGAGAGAUGUUUAGGUUAUUUUUCUUUUUUAUUCGGUACUGAACUGGAUAUGUAAUUUAUCUUACAGUAUUACUGUAAGCUUACAGUACAAUGGUACGUUCAGUAAUACUGUAUGAAAACUGGAAAAUGUUUUGUUAUGAAUGUUUUGUUGAAAUGUUCAGUAUUGACUGACUUGAGUACAUGAAAAUAAAUACAUAUUUUCAUUAGUCUGCACGAAUGGUGUCGUGUUGUGUUGGUGAAUUUAUUUUGACACUUUCUCUGUGUAAAUGCUAAAAGUGUUUUAUGUUGAGCACAGGAGUGUUUAACUGACUCAAACAGAAUCAGACCAUAUGAUGGUUGGGUUUAUGUUAUGAGAACCGGUAAGUCGUCAGCAUGCACUAAACAUUACGCUACUCUCAAUUGUCAAAUGACUGCAUACCAAUGUGCAUCACAGAGUAGGUGAUGUGACCAAGUGUCUUCUUACUGUAAUGUUCCCUGUAGAAUUGAGACUAGGCCAAAUAGGGGAGGCAGAGGCAAAAUUCUGACUGACCAACAAGAGCAGGCUGUGGUCGAUUUGGUUCGGGACAGAAAUGAUAUUCGCCUUACAGAAAUUCGCCAGCAUAUCUUGGAUAAUGAAAACAUGUUUAACAAUGUGGAAUCCAUAAGUUUGCCGACUAGUGCACGCAUGCUGAAAAGGCACCAGGUGUCUUUAAAACAACUAUACCGUGUGCCUUUGGAAAGAAAUGCAGACAGAGUGAAGCAAAUGAGGACGGAGUAUGUUCAGGUAUGUUCAGUUUCAAGAUGGCUGUUGUAAUACAAUUCCCUAAUAAUUCUACAUUGUACAGUAAUCAGUAAAUCUCUUUCCAAAAUGUAUUUUUAGAGGGUGAUGGAGCUGGAUGCUGAUGACAACCAUCACAAAUUCAUAUAUUUGGAUGAGGCAGGCUUUAACCUGGCCAAGACAAGGAGGAGAGGUCGGAAUUUCAUUGGCCAGCGGGCAACCAUCCAAGUACCUGGACAACGUGGGGCCAACAUUACCAUGUGUGUGGCUACAUCAGAAGAUGGUGUGGUUGGACGCAGACCUCGUAUUGGAUCAUAUAAUGCAGCUCUCCUUGUAACCUUCCUUGAUGAGCUCGAUCAGGUCUGUAGAGCCGAUGGCGUGACCUAUGUCAUUGUGUGGGAUAAUGUCAGGUUCCACCAUGCUCAUAUGGGUCAAGCAUGGUUUCAGGCCCAUGCACAAUUUAGCACCCUGUAUUUACCCCCAUACUCUCCUUUCCUUAACCCGAUUGAGGAAUUUUUCUCCACAUGGAGAUGGAAGGUUUAUGAUAGGCGCCCUCAUGAACAAGUCACUCUUCUCCAGGCCAUGGAUGACGCAUGCAAUGACAUCACGGCAGACCAGUGUCAGGCCUGGAUUCGCCAUGCCCAAAGGUUUUUUCCAAGAUGUUUGGCUAAUGAAAACAUCCAUUGUGAUGUAGAUGAGAACCUGUGGCCAAAUCCAUAAGACAGAGUUGAUGAAAAUGUAGAAGUACAGUAAUCACUCCUAUGUUUUGCUUUUUACAGUACAAGCAAGCAAGUUGAGGAACACUGCAUUUGAUGUUUUACAGUACUGUAUUGUUUUUCAUCAAUAUAUUUCAGAUUUUGUUCAAUGAUUCCACUGUGUCUGUAGUAUUCUCUCUACUACUGCAGUACUUUUACAGGGAUGUAUUUACAUGUAGUACCAUAAUGAAACAUGUAUCACCUAUUUUGUACUACAAUAUUUAAUUAUUGUACGAACAAUGACACAGUGAAACUAUCGGUUGCUUGUGUGUGGGUGAUCUAAAUUAACGUUUCAUUGGUAUUUCACAAUAAAUUUGUUUUUUGAACCAAUGAUUGUGCAAGUGCAAUAUUUAUUUAAAGAUAUGAAUGCACAAUGCAAUGUUUUGAACAUUGGACAGCCUGUGUUACAAGUGAUGACCGUUUUGAGUUUUGUGUCUAGAGUUUUGAAAAAUGACGUCAAGGUUCUGAAAUUAGUGCCAAAGUGAUUGUAAAAAAAAAACUGUAUGACAACAAAAUAAGGUUUUUAUAAGACAUUGUAUAGUUUUGACAAAAGUGUUCCAAUUUGCAAAUGAUCUGAGGUGUUGUGCUACUUUGGUGUAGUGUUGGGCUAAUUGUGUGAAGGGGUUUGAAAAACCGGGCCCUGUUUUCAAAAUUGUGCUUAAGCAAUUGAAAAAAAACUGUAAGUGAAUUUUGCAGACUGCAGUCGGUUACAAGUAAAUAUAUAAAUGAACUUGUCAGUUGGUCCCAGAGGGAGGAACAGCCUCACAUAGACCAAUAAGAGAAGCAGCUAUGUUGUCAAGCACACCCCAUGUCCAUACAAUAACAGGUAAAUAACGAGUACCAAGAAAGAAUAUCCUGAAUGUUCAGACCCAUGAUUAAAGUACUGUGUGUGUAUCUGUCUGUGUGUGUGUGUGUCUGUGUGUGUGUGUGUGUGUGUCUGUGUGUGUGUGUGUGUGUGUGUGUCUGUGUGUGUGUGUGUCUGUGUGUGUGUGUGUGUGUGUGUGUGUGUGUGUGUGUGUGUGUCUGUGUGUGUGUGUGUGUGUGUGUGUGUGUGUGUGUGUGUGUGUGUCUGUGUGUGUGUGUUUCUCUGUGUAUGUAUGUGUGUGUGUGUGUGUGUGUGUGUGUGUGGGGUGUGUGUGUGUGUGUGUGUGUGUGUGUGUGUGUGUGUGUGUGUGUGUGUGUGCGUGUGUGUGUGUGUGUGUCAAAUAACUAUGACUGCAGUGUGGUAAUCAUUGGCUCACUGUUUAGAGGGUUGCCAACCCAACAAAACUCAACACACAGAAAGUCAAAUAAAACUAUUUUUUCCAAUGCCAGCAAAAUAUUUUGGACACAGUACAGUCGUGGUCUAAAGUUUUGAGAAUGACACAAAUACUAAUUUUCACAAAGUCUGCUUUCUCAGUUUGCAUAUACUACAGAAUGUCAUGAAGAGUGAUCAGAUGAAUUGCAAUUAAUUGCAAAGUCCCUCUUUGCCAUGAACAUGAACUUAAUCCCCAAAAAACAUUUCCACUGGAUUUCAGCCCUGCCACAAAAGGACCAGCUGCCAUCAUGUCAGUGAUUCUCUCGUUAACACAGGUGAGAGUGUUGACGAGGACAAGGCUGGAGAUCACUCUGUCAUGCUGAUUUGAGUUAGAAUAACAGACUGGAAGCUUUAAAAGGAGGGUGGUGCUUGAAAUCAUUGUUCUUCCUCUGUUAACCAUGGUUACCUGCAAGGAAACACGUGCCGUCAUCAUUGCUUUGCACAAAAAGGGCUUCACAGGCAAGGAUAUUGCUGCUAGUAAGAUUGCACCUAAAUCAACCAUUUAUCGGAUCAUCAAUAACUUCAAGGAGAGAGGUUCAAUUAUUGUGAAGAAGGCUUCAGGGCGCCCAAGAAAGUCCAGCAAGCGCCAGGACCGUCUCCUAAAGUUGAUUCAGCUGCGGGAUCGGGGCACCACAAGUGCAGAGCUUGCUCAGGAAUGGCAGCAGGCAGGUGUGAGUGCAUCUGCACGCACAGUGAGGCGAAGACUUUUGGAGGAUGGCCUGGUGUCAAGAAGGGCAGCAAAGAAGCCACUUCUCUCCAGGAAAAACAUCAGGGACAGACUGAUAUUCUGCCAAAGGUACAGGGAUUGGACUGCUGAGGACUGGGGUAAAGUCAUUUUCUCUGAAGAAUCCCCUUUCCGAUUGUUUGGGGCAUCCGGAAAACACCUUGUCCAGAGAAGACAAGGUGAGCGCUACCAUCAGUCCUGUGUCAUGCCAACAGUAAAGCAUCCUGAGACUAUUCAUGUGUGCGGUUGCUUCUCAGCCAAGGGAGUGGGCUCACUCACAAUUUUGCCUAAGAACACAGCCAUGAAUAAAGAAUGGUACCAACACAUCCUCCGAGAGCAAUUUCUCCCAACCAUCCAAGAACAGUUUGGUGACGAACAAUGCCUUUUCCAGCAUGAUGGAGCACCUUGCCAUAAGGCAAAAGUGAUAACUAAGUGGCUCGGGGAACAAAACAUCAACAUUUUGGAUCCAUGGCCAGGAAACUCCCCAGACCCCAUUGAGAACUUGUGGUCGAUCCUCAAGAGGCGGGUGGACAAACAAAAACCCACAAAUUCUGACAAACUCCAAGCAUUGAUUAUGCAAGAAUGGGCUGCCAUCAGUCAGGAUGUGGCCCAGAAGUUAAUUGACAGCAUGCUAGGGCGGAUUGCAGAGGUCUUGAAAAAGAAGGGUCAACACUGCAAAUAUUGACUCUUUGCAUAAACUUCAUGUAAUUGUCAAUAAAAGCCUUUGACACUUAUGGAAUGUUUCUAAAUAUACUUCAGUAUACAAUAGUAACAUCUGACAAAAAUAUCUAAAAACACUGAAGCAGCGAACUUUGUGAAGACCAAUACUUGUGUCAUUCUCAAAACUUUUGACCACGACUGUACAGUAUCACUAUAAUAUAAUUUUGAAUAUUGUUACAUAACUAUUUAAUUUAAUGUUAGGGGGAUGCUGACGCUGCUCGAUCACGCUGCUCGCUCUGUGGGUAAGUGAACGCUCCUACCACUGUCUCUCCAAAGCAUCUUUGACAGGUGUUUUGGCUCACUGCCCUGCACACUGCUUGUAUCCAGUUGGUGAUCUCCCGCUCCUUUAGUAAAGUGCAGCCAGGAUCCAUACAGUGAGUUAGUUCUCUGCUUUCUCUUUGUUUAUCGUACUGGUGCAUGUGUGAUCAAGUGUGUGUUGCUUGUGUGUGUUUGGCACUUCACUGGAGGGGCUUGUUAACAGGAGGCGGGGUGUGUUCAGGAGGCGGGGUGUGUUCAGGAGGCGGGGUGUGUUCAGGAGGCGGGGUGUGUUCAGGAGGCGGUGUGUUCAGGAGGCGGGGUGUGUUCAGGAGGCGGGGUGUGUUCAGGAGGCGGGGUGUGUUCAGGAGGCGGGGUGUGUUCAGGAGGCGGGGUGUGUUCAGGAGGCGGGGUGAACUACUCAAUCAACAAAAAUAGUUAUAUGAAGAAGAUCUAAUAGAACUUGAAGUCCUUCCUGCAACUCUUUAUGGAUUCUACCAACAAAAGGGUUGAUGAUCUGUUUAAGGAUGUAAUGGAAUUUAAACACAGUUUGGAAUUUUAGCAGUCGGAGGUGGAGGAGCUAAAGGGAGUGAAUGUCACCAGCCAGACCACAUUCAAAACCAUAUCUGAGGAUUUCACAAUUUUUGACAAGCACUCUUCCAAAGGAGACUGCCUCGAAAACCAAUCGAGGCACAAUAACCUUUUAAUCGAUGGAAUUGAGGACGUAAAGACUGAAACUUGGCAUGACACAGAAGUCAAGGCCAAUAAACUCCUGGCAGAUCAAUUCAAACUGGACCCUAAACUCAUGGAGCUGGAGAGAGCGCAUACGAAUAGCACUUUCUUCCCCGAUGGACAGCCCAGAUCUAUAGUGGUGAAACUGCUCAUGUUCAAAGACAAGGAGGAGAUUCAGGAGAGCCUGAAGGGAACAAACAUCUUCAUCAAUGAAGACUUCUCUGAAAAAGUACGCCUCAAAAGAAAGGAACUGCUGCCACGACUAAUUGAAGAACGAAAAAAAAGGCUACAUCCCUGAAGAAUGAUCAGCUGGUCGUUCAACCCCUCUCCUAGUUAUAUGGCAAGUGACUCCGCUAUAGUCAAAUGAUUUGACACACACACACCCACACACCCACCCACACACCCACCCACACACACACACACCCACACACACACACACACACACACACACACACACACAAACACACACACACACACACACACACACACACACACACCCACACACACCCACACACACACCCACACACCCACCACACCACACACACACACACACACACACACACACACACACACACACACACACACACACACACACACACACACACACACACACACCCACACCCACCCACACACACACACACACACCCACACACACCCAACCACACACACACACCCACAUAUUUACUCUACGUUGUUCAUGUGUUUCACCUGACCUCAUGAACAGAAACACACAUUGCUCUAAAUGUCAUAACCCUCAGAAGUCUUCAGUGGUGUUAUGUGGACUGUGUGAAUGUGCAUUCCAUGGGAAGUGCACCCCUAUUGAUCAAACUAACACACUAUGUUUCCGUUCCAUUCUCUGGAUGAUUCCAACUGUGUAUCUCCCUUAGUUGGGCAGGAUAUCAACCCUGAUAACAUGGUCUUUAACCCCAUUAGAUAUUAAUGAAGCCAACGAUAAACAUAAUGAUUGUGUUGAUCCAGAUUAAAAUGUCCUGAAAUUGACCAGAAAUAAGUCUGUCACUUGUGAUUACUUAAUGUAAGUAACUGUGAGGACACUGUUUUGCUGCAGCAUCCCAACGGGUAGCUUUCACUGCAUUGUCUCUUUCAAUUAGGUAUGAACCCAAGCCUGUUGGCCCAUGUCAACAUCCCUUUUUCUAAGAGAAAGCGUUUCGGGAGGUUUUAGCAGCUUCUAAGAGAAAGCGUUUCGGGAGGUUUUAGCAGCUUCUAAGAGAAAGCGUUUCGGGGGGGGGGUUCAGCAGCAGUUCUAAAAACACCCUCAUGAAUCCAUGUCAGAUUGUAAAUAAUAAGGGGCUGAGUUAACCUUGAAGAUCAUUUCAUCUUGAUCACAGAAAAAUCGUGAUUCUGUUGAGUGAGUUGUCUUGAUCCCACAUUACAGCACUGUGCUGUAUCUCACUCGUACUGCAGAACGCUCAACAGGCUAUUCCGCUAUUGCAGUGUUCAAUUAAGUUCGUUUAGGAGAAACACAGCGAUUACAAAGUAAAUGGGCUACUAGGGAACAGAGUAGACGUGUGUGUUAUAGUCUCAUAUAUACUGAACAAAAAUAGGAACGCAACAUGCAACAAUUUUACUGAGUUACAGUUCAUAUAAGGAAAUCAGUCAAUUGAAAUAAAUUCAUUAGGCCAUAAUCUAUGGAUUUCACAUGACUGAGCAGGGGCGCAACCAUGGGUGGGCCUGGGAGGGCAUAGGCCCACCUACUGGGGAGCCAGGCCCACCCAAUGGGGAGCCAGACCCAGCCAAUCAGAAUGAGUUUUUCCCCACAAAAAGAGCUUUAUUACAGACAGAAAUACUCCUCAGUUUCAUCAGCUGUCCGAGUGGCUCGUCUCAGACACAGAAGCCGGAUGUGAAGAAGCCGGAUGUGGAGGUCCUGUGCUGACGUGGUUACACGUGGUCUGCGGUUGUGAGGUCAGUUGGACGUACUGACGAAUUCUCUAAAACGACAUUGGAGGCGGCUUAUGGUAGAGAAAUUAACAUUAAAUUAUCUGGAAACAGCUCUGGUGAACAUUCCUGCAGUCAGCAUGCCAAAUGCAUGGUCCCUCAAUACUUGAGCCAUCUGUGGCAUUGCGUGACAAAACUGCACAUUUUAGAGUGGCCUUUUAUUGUCCCCAGCACAAGGUGCACCUGUGUAAUGAUCAUGCUGUUUAAUCAGCUUCUUGAUAUGCCACACCUGUCACAAACAAACAUGGGACCAACACUUUACAUGUUACGUUUCUAUUUUUGUUCAGUAUAGGUAAAACCCUUCACAGUGAGAGAGUCGGCAUGGCCAGAGGCCAGAAUAGAGGCUAAAUAGUCAACUCAGAUGACAUUUCAAGAACAACUAGCUAGCCAGAAUAAGACAGGUUUCAUAAAUAAGCCUACAUAAUUGAGAUUGUUUCCACUUUCAAUAUUAGUAGAUACACUAGGCUAUGUAUGGGUUAUAUUAAUAUAUACACUAGGCUAUGUGUGGGUUAUAUUAGUAGAUACACUAGGCUAUGUGUGGGUUAUAUUAAUAGAUACACUAGGCUAUGUGUGGGUUAUAUUAGUAGAUACACUAGGCUAUGUGUGGGUUAUAUUAGUAGAUACACUAGGCUAUGUGUGUCACGAUCGUCUAGGAGUGAAGGAGACCAAAGCGCAGCGCGUUGAACGAACAUGACUUUAAUUGGGAAAAGCACCGAAAUACAAAACAAAAGACGACUCGUGAAGUCCACAGUACAACGACUGAAACACGGAACAAUAACCCACAAUGCCCACAAGAAAACAUACAGAAUAAAUAUGGCUCCCAAUCAGAGAUAACGAGCCGACAGCUGACACUCGUUACCUCCGAUUGGGAGUCAAUGACCAAACCUAGAAACACACACAACAGAACUACCAACAUAGAAAAUCACCCAAAACCCAACAAAACACAAUACACCCUGGCUCAAACACAAAAGUCCCGGAGCCAGAGUGUUACAGUACCCCCCCCUAAAGGUGCGCACUCCGGGCGCACCAGCAUACAGUCUCGGGGAGGGUCUGGGUGGGCGUCUGUCCACGGUGGCGGUUCUGGCCCUGGUCGUGGUCCCCACCCCACCUUAGUCACCACCCGCUUCCCUAGCCUCCUCCACAUGACCACCCUCCAACUUACUCCACCUGGAUUUAGGGGCAGCACCGGGCUAAGGGACAGCACCGGACUAAGGGGCAGCACCGGACUAAGGGACAGUACCUGACUAAGGGGCGGAUCCUGGCUGGCUGGCUCUGGCGGAUCCUGGCUGGCCGGCUCAUGGCAGGCUGAAGGAUCUGGCUGCUCAUGGCUGGCUGACGGAUCUGGCUGCUCAUGGCUGGCUGACGGAUCGGGCUGCUCAUGGCUGGCCGAAGGCUCUGGCUGAUCCUGUCUGGCGGAAGGCUCUGGCUGAUCCUGUCUGGCAGAAGGCUCUGGCUGAUCCUGUCUGGCAGAAGGCUCUGGCUGAUCCUGUCUGGCAGAAGGCUCUGGCUGAUCCUGUCUGGCGGAAGGCUCUGGCUGAUCCUGUCUGGCGGAAGGCUCUGGCUGAUCCUGUCUGGCAGAAGGAUCUGGCUGAUCCUGUCUGGCAGAAGGCUCUGGCUGAUCCUGUCUGGCGGAAGGCUCUGGCUGAUCCUGUCUGGCGGAAGGCUCUAGCGGCUCUGGUCUGGCGGACGGCUCUGAUGGCUCAUGGCAGACGGGCGGCUUUGCAGGCUUUAGGCAGACGGGCAGUUCAGGCCCCGUUGGGCAGACGGCAGACUCUGGCCGUCUGAGGCGCACCGUAGACUUAGUGCGGGUGGCCGGAACAGGCCGGACCGGGCUGGCGACGCGCACCGUAGUCUUGGUGCGGGUGGCAGGAACAGGCCGGGUCGGGCUGGCGACGCGCACCGUAGUCUUGGUGCGGGUGGCAGGAACAGGCCGGACCGGGCUGGCGACGCGCACCGUAGUCUUGGUGCGGGUGGCAGGAACAGGCCGGGUCGGGCUGGCGACGCGCACCGUAGUCUUGGUGCGGGUGGCAGGAACAGGCCGGGUCGGGCUGGCGACGCGCACCGUAGUCUUGGUGCGGGUGGCAGGAACAGGCCGGACCGGGCUGGCGACGCGCACCGUAGUCUUGGUGCGGGUGGCAGGAACAGGCCGGACCGGGCUGGCGACGCGCACCGUAGUCUUGGUGCGGGUGGCAGGAACAGGCCGGACCGGGCUGGCGACGCGCACCGUAGACUUGGUGCGGGUGGCAGGAACAGGCCGGACCGGGCUGGCGACGCACACCGUAGACCUGGUGCGGGUGGCAGGAACAGGCCGGACCGGGCCGUGGAGACGGAUAGGAGGCCUGGAGCGAACAGCGGACACCACCCGUCCUGGCUGAAUGCCUACCCUCACACACUCUGUGUGAGGCAUCAGCACAGGACGUACAGGGCGGUGUACCCCUGGCCUGGUGGCCUCCUGGAUACUCCCCCUUUUCUCCUCCGUCAGCCCCGUCGUCCAUGCCGUGUGCCCCCCCCUAAAAAUUUUCUGGGGUUGACACACGACCCUCCGACGAUGGCCCUGCUGCCGCCGUUGCUCCUCUCUCGCCAGGGCCUUGAUCCUUCCCCAAGGUCCCUUGCCUCCGAGCAUGUCCUCCCAGGACCACGAUGUGCCCACCUGGGCCAUCGCCAGCCUCUCCAUCUCCUUGCCCGGCGCCUCCUCCCAUGUCCAGUCUCCUUGCUCCUGGACACGCUGCUUGGUCUUUCUUUGGUGGGUUAUUCUGUCACGAUCGUCUAGGAGUGAAGGAGACCAAAGCGCAGCGCGUUGAACGAACAUGACUUUAAUUGGGAAAAGCACCGAAAUACAAAACAAAAGACGACUCGUGAAGUCCACAGUACAACGACUGAAACACGGAACAAUAACCCACAAUGCCCACAAGAAAACAUACAGAAUAAAUAUGGCUCCCAAUCAGAGAUAACGAGCCGACAGCUGACACUCGUUACCUCCGAUUGGGAGUCAAUGACCAAACCUAGAAACACACACAACAGAACUACCAACAUAGAAAAUCACCCAAAACCCAACAAAACACAAUACACCCUGGCUCAAACACAAAAGUCCCGGAGCCAGAGUGUUACAAUGUGUGGGUUAUAUUAGUAGAUACACUAGGCUAUGUGUGGGUUAUAUUAAUAGAUACACUAGGCUAUGUGUGGGUUAUAUUAGUAGAUACACUAGGCUAUGUGUGGGUUAUAUUAAUAGAUACACUAGGCUAUGUGUGGGUUAUAUUAGUGUAUACACUAGGCUAUGUGUGGGUUAUAUUAGUGUAUACACUAGGCUAUGUGUGGGUUAUAUUAGUAGAUACACUAGGCUAUGUGUGGGUUAUAUUAAUAGAUACACUAGGCUAUGAUGCUUUACAUCAGGGGUCACCAACCUUUCUAGCAUUAAAAAAUGAAACAGGUUGCGAGCUACUAUUUUUUCAAGCUUUCAAAUAGGCCCAUUCUUCUGUUCUCCUCUCCCCUGCAACUAUUCCCUAGUGUACAAAAUAAAGUAGCGAACUAUAUUUUCUGUCAAUAGACUUGGUAAAAGAAUGGUUCAGAAACAACUUUAAGGGGGGCCCUAUAAAAUCAGGAUUUUUUUCUCCCAAAUUAUGUUAUUUCUGUUAGAUUUUUCCUGGUUUUAGAUCAUUUUUGUUUUUCACUCUCAAAAUUACAGUUGUUCAUAGACAAACAACGCAAUUGGAUGUUCUGUGUCCAUGUCAAUGCUGAAAUCACAUCAGAAGACAAUUAUUUUAUGGUCUGGAAGAAAUAACACAUUUUGAUUUUUUAGUGUAAUUCCCCUUUAAUUGUGCAUCUGGCCCUUUAAUUGAGCAUUUGGCCCUUUAAUUGUGUAUCUGGCCCUUUAAUUGUGCAUCUGGCCCAUUAAUUGUGUAUCUGGCCCUUUAAUUGUGUAUCUGGCCCUUUAAUUGUGCAUAUGGCCCUUUAAUUGUGCAUCUGGCCCUUUAAUUGUGUAUCUGGCCCUUUAGUUGUGUAUCUGGCCCUUUAAUUGUGUAUCUGGCCCUUUAAUUGUGUAUCUGGCCCUUUAAUGGUGUAUCUGGCCCUUUAAUGGUGUAUCUGGCACUUUAAUGGUGUAUCUGGCCCUUUAAUGGUGUAUCUGGCCCUCUAAUUGUGUAUCUGGCCCUUUAAUGGGGUAUCUGGCCCUUUAAUGGGGUAUCUGGCCCUUUAAUGGUGUAUCUGGCCCUUUAAUGGUGUAUCUGGCCCUUUAAUGGUGCAUCUGGCCCUUUAAUUGUGUAUCUGGCCCUUUAAUUGUGCAUCUGGCCCAUUAAUUGUGUAUCUGGCCCUUUAAUUGUGUAUCUGGCCCUUUAAUUGUGCAUAUGGCCCUUUAAUUGUGCAUCUGGCCCUUUAAUUGUGUAUCUGGCCCUUUAGAUGUGUAUCUGGCCCUUUAAUGGUGUAUCUGGCCCUUUAAUUGUGUAUCUGGCCCUUUAAUGGGGUAUCUGGCCCUUUAAUGGGGUAUCUGGCCCUUUAAUGGUGUGUCUGGCCCUUUAAUGGUGUAUCUGGCCCUUUAAUGGUGUAUCUGGCCCUUUAAUGGUGUAUCUGGCCCUUUAAUUGUGUAUCUGGCCCUUUAACUGCACAUCUAUAGAGUGAGGAAUGUGCAGUCUGAUGUUCUGGUCUAGUGAUGCUUCUGUACUGCUGCUGCUCAUUCCAUGGCAAGGUUUGCAAAUGACAAAUAAUAGAUACAAAUGAUAUACUUCCUCAUGAUAUACUUCCUCAUGAUAUACUUCCUCAUGAUAUACUUCCUCAUGAUAUACUUCCUCAUGAUAUACUUCCUCAUGAUAUACUUCUGCCAGGUAAGCCUACUUUGCAGUUAACAUUUAAUUGAGAAGGUUUUGGGGAAAGUAUUUCUGCCAACCCACAAGAAGGUUAUCACAUCAACUGGCUGGCUACACAUGGAGUGUUAGACAAACACGCGCACCACACAGACAGAAUACUGCAGCUCGCGAUCGACCUGUUGGAGACCGCUGCUUUACGCCAUCAAGUCAAUCACACUCAAUUCUAAGACAUUCUGAGCCAUGUUACAGGAAUCGACUUAACAUUCCUCUAAACUCACUCCACUUUGGAGGGCAAUCUACACCAAAGGAAGACUAGAUAAUAUUGACACCAAUCUACACCAAAGGAAGACUAGAUAAUAUUGACACCAAUCUACACCAAAGGAAGACUAGAUAAUAUUGACAAUUUCCUCAAAUUUGAGCUUCACCACUGUAGUAAUUGACUGGACCCCGGAGCGUGUUUGAGACCAUAAUUGAAUUAUCAAAUUUCCCUAAAACACAAAAAGGCAAGAAGAAAAGUGGAUUUAAAUACUGUAAAGUUAUUUGCAAAGAGCAUCUGCUGAGUCAGCCGGAUUUACUCCCUAACAAAUAAACAGAAAUGGAAAUGAUGGUGAUAACCUCUAUAGUCUCAAAAUAACCUAUCCCGUCUCAGUGUGCAUCCCAAAUGGCACCCUAUCCCCUAGGUCAUAACGUACGUUCUGUGACAACACAAAGGUACUUUCAAAGGCGCAUAAAAUCCAUUCCGUAUUCAGACCACAUGCACAACAUGGACCCCUCCAAAAAACCUCUCUGUCUGACAACAGUCUGAGAAUCUAAGGAUGUUUCAACGCAGGACUGUGAGCAUCAAAAUGAUACCGAGCAUCUAAAUGAUGCUGAUAACGACAUAUGAGUUCACAGAAACCUUACAGCCUUAUCAACCCAAAUGGUAGGAGGGAGCUGAGAGCAGCAUGAAUGGGGACAGAGCAAACUGCCAAGAGGUUCAACUGCCAAGGAAGAUACAUUAUAGGGAUUUACUCAACUGCAGUGGGUCUGAACUGUUGUUUUGUAGCUAACUGUCCAUCAAGUUCCAGAACUCAUUGACCAUUUUAGACUCUUUGUUAUCAAAAUACGAGUGUGUAGUCCAGGGUGUCGUCCAGGGUGUAGUCCAGGGUGUAGUCCAGGGUGUCGUCCAGGGUGUCGUCCAGGGUGUCGUCCAGGGUGUCGUCCAGGGUGUAGUCCAGGGUAUGUCACGAAUAGAAUAACAGCACCAUGCUUCUCUGGACUCAAUUCUACAUUCAUCAAGUAUUUCAAUGCAACCUACACUACAGAGGGAAAAGUGAGCAUUGUAAUCCACCUGCCCUGUAGGGAAAUGGCCACUCUAAACUGUCUGGAGCACUUAAGAGCAAGACAUCCACUGAAGGGACUGAAUCCAGCUUUCAGUGAAUGGUCACACACACACACACACACACACAGACACACACACACACACACACACACACACACAGACACACACACACACAAACACACAUCCUCUCUCUCUCUCUCUCUCUCUCUCUCUGUGUAAAUGCUGGAAGCAAGCAAUGAACAACAAAAGCCAAGCAACUCUUGUGUGUCCAGUCUUACUACUGCUCACCAAUAUGUGGGUUUUGGCUGUAAUAAAUCAUUAUAUUGCUAAUGCAGCAACUACAAAUUGAGGAGAAUCUGAAACAACGGUGUUCAUUAUGGUUUUGGCCAAGUGCAAAAACAGAGGCAGAGACACAAGGCUCUAACUAUCUCAUCUGAGAUAGGGCUAAAUGCACAAUUAAAGGGUCUUUAGCCCAUCAACUUUCAACUAAUCACUGCAGAGUAAUAACUGUCAAAUUAUCUACCAUUGUAACGCAAUAGACGGCAUGACGCAAUAGCUUGCCUUUUGUUGUAAAAACAGUGAUAGUGAGAAAAUAAUCUCUUAUUUAGAAGAAACCUGUUAUUAAAGACUUAUAUUAUACUUAUUGUAAUAAAACAUUAUUAUUAUUAUUAUUAUGUAACAGGCUAUCUGAAGUCUUCAGCAGUUUGAGUGCAUCAUGAACUUGUCUCUCCCAGAGGAGCGCGUUGCGUUGAAACUCCCCGCUCCUAUAACCUCACAGCUGUAAACCCCACUCUCAUCCCUCAAAAAACACCAUCAAAACAUUUCAAACAAGUCUCAAUACUCACCGCCAAAUGCACGGAACAGGCAGGUUUUUCCUUCGUAAUAUCACGUUUUAUUCACUACGUCCAAGAUAAUCUAACGGUAAACAAGCAGUCUCCGUCGCCCCCGAACCAACGAAUGGCAGAGGGUCCUUUCCGCUCCUCCGUUUCUCUCUAAACGAUGAGACGACGACGUAAAUUGUACAUCCUAGGCACCCUCUGUUGUGUCUCGUGUCGAUUUAUCCGGUGUCCGUUUGUUUCUGGAGGACUUCACCUUUGCCUUCGCUUCGGCAAACCUUUCCGCCCGUUACCGAACGGGGUCCGUCUGACUGACUGUUUGUCUGAGCAGCUUCUGUUCUGCAGAACGUCCAGCCCCGUUCUAGAGCUAGAAGGACUGAGCUCCCAUCCCUCUCCUCCCAUCCCCAAUCAUCUACCCCAGUUCCAUCACCACCAAGCAGCUUGUGUCUGUGAAGUUCACACUGGAUAGAUACACAGCCCUGAAUGUGAUGGUUUCCUACCUCUAUGGAGUAGCCUAG